ACUGACAUUAUCCAUUAAUGACAAGAAGAGUGCUCGCGCAAUUUAUUUUCCCUUUCUCUUCAGAGUUGAAUUUGCUUAAAACAACGAUAAAGCAUUGUUCCUGUAGAGUAAAUGACUAAAAAGUGACGAUGGCUCUCACGCCACACGUUUACUGGGCUCAACGCCAUGACGACAUUUAUCUGCGGGUGGAGCUGACAGACGCACAGAACAUCAGUGUGAAAGUACAUGAAAAUGUGCUUCGGUUUAGAGCUCAGGGCCGUGGUGCAAAGGGGCAAAAUGAAUAUGAGUUCAGUUUGGAGUUUCUUCUACCUGUAAAGCCAGAGAUAAGCUACAAGUCUACACAACGGCAGGUGAAUAUUACACUGCAGAAAGAGCAGCGUGGCUGGUGGGAAAAACUGACGGUGCAUGAGCGCAAGCCAGUCUUCCUAGCACCUGACUUUGACCGCUGGCUGGACGAGUCAGAUGCAGAGAUGGAGAUCCAAGAAAGGGAGGAGAAACUGAAGGCUAAACAUGGUCCAGAUAAUGCCUUUGACAACCCAAAAUUAGGAUUUUUGUUUUCAUAUAACUUGGUGCAGUUCCUUGGCUUUUCAUGGAUCUUUAUAAACAUGACUGUGCGACUUUUUAUCUUUGGUCAAGAUUUUCUAUAUGAUACAUUUCACUCCAUAUCGAAAGUGAUGUUCUUCUGCCAGAUCCUGGCGUCAGUGGAGGUCUUAAAUGCUGCUUUCGGGGUUGUAAGAACACGAGUCCUUCCAAGUCUUAUACAGGUCGUUGGAAGGAAUUUCAUCCUCUUUAUCAUUUUUGGCAGCUUAGAGGAAAUGCAGAACAAGCCAGUUGUGUUUUUCGUCUUCUACUUGUGGAGCUCCAUUGAGAUUAUCAGGUAUCCAUUUUACUUGCUGAGCUAUUGUGAUAUUGAGUGGAAAACCCUGACAUGGCUGCGAUACACAGUCUGGAUACCACUGUACCCUUUAGGGGUUUUAGCUGAAGCUGUGGCUGUGAUACAAGCAAUUCCCAUGUUUGAUGAAACUAAACUCUUCAGCAUUCCUCUGCCCAAACCCAUCGGUACCUCUGUCAGCUUCUCCUACAUCCUUUACAUCUAUCUGGUUCUCAUGGUUUUGGGACUUUAUAUCAACUUCUGUCAUCUCUACAAGCUAAGGAUGAGGCGUAUCCAUACCAAGAAGAAAGCAACUUGAGCUUUGGGACACAAAUCUAUUCAAAUACCUUUGCUGCCUCCACAUCACUGGGGUAACCAGUUGAGAAAUUUUCUGAAGCGAUUUAAAAAAAAAUAAUAAAAAUUAAACACUGAAAUCCCUUUUGUCACAGUUACAUGAACAUCCUAUAGAUGAUAGAAGUAUUCAUCAUUUCAUUUAUGGUUUGUUUACUUUGGAUCUAAUAUAGUAGUCCAUAUUGUAUAGGUUAGUAAACAGCCAUAGUAUGUCAUGAAAUCUGACGUGUAUGUGUUUUUUUUUCCAUUCCUUAUGAUCUGGACUGUUUAAUGCAUUGGUAUUGUUUCACUGUAAGGCCUACAAAGACAACUCAGACUCAUUUAUAACACCUACUGAAUUUAUUGUUUCAUAUUUCAUAACCACCCCCUUAAACCUCAGGGAUACUGCUGACUCACAGUAUUUUGUCAAUGUUCAACGUCCUGCUAUAAAUAAAAGCAUUUCCUUCCUU